CCCGGCGUUUACUGCCUCGGGGCCCCUCUGCUCCUCUGGUACUGGAGGCUCACUGGCCCCACAGCGGCCACCUUCCUUAGGCUCAGAGCGCUCCCGCCUCUGCGGUCCCGCUGCCUCCUCCAGCCUCACCUGCCCCCCUGGACUGCUCCACCUGCUGUCUCUCGGGCACCUCCCUCCCGCCCCACACCAGCCCAAACCCAGACACGCUCCCUCCUCACUCCGAACUCGGGAAACCAGUUUCCCCUCCGCUGUGUCGCUAAUGCUGGAGACUAGAUUUCCCUCUCCUCCUUUCCUCCCAUCCCAGGCCACUCAGCAGGUAGCGCUGGGUUUGUUUUUCUCGAAAGGGUCUUCCUUACCCCUGACCUCCCUCCUCACUUCCACCACCCUAGACUAGGCCCUCCUCACCUCAUUCUGCUUCAGCGUGAGGCCCCCGAGGGAGCCAGGGGGCCCUAUCUCCAGGCUUCACGCAUCCAUCCUGCGUGCCACCACCAGAUUAGUCCCUUUCCCGUAACGCUUAGUCCAUAUUGACAAGGCAGUUAUCAUUAAAAACAAAAACUGAAACUUGGGUGACCUCUUGCUGCCCUUGGCACUCAUGGCUCCUCUGCCCCAUUUUCAAGGUUCCCCAUAAGCAGGCCCCAUCUCCCUGCUUUCAAAUACAUGCUUGUAUCUCAAGUAUUUGCUGUUGUUAUUUUUUUCCUUUCUUGCCUGAAACAGAUUGCUUCUUUUCCUGUAACCACCUAAAUCCUGUUUUCCUCAGGCCCUGCUAUCCUGCUGUCACUGAUCUCUAUUACCAGGGACUUGCCUUUUUUGCCUGGAGUUGGUAUUGUCUAAAUUAGUUCUGUGACACUGUCUGCACUUGUCUUUGAUCUGCUGAUUGUUGUCCAUGGGAACUGAGUUUUCAAGUGGGCAUCAUGAGUCUUGUCUCAGCUAGACUGCAGAUGCUUUCAGAGAGGGGACUAUAAAAUACUACUACAUGACUCUCACUACGCCCAACUGGCAUAACGAUUCCAUAGCAGAUCCUCACAUACUUGUAGCAUUUGUUGAAACGUUGAACACUGAGGCUGUUUGACUUGAAUUUGAAGUGCAGGCCUCGCUCUCUUGAUUAAAACGUCAACAUUUUUAUCAGGUUUUGUAUAAUAUUUUAAGAUCACUAAAGUAGACCCAACAAAGAAAUGGGUUACCAGCGAGAGCAAAGUAGAAAAAAAAUCAGGGGUCAUGUAGGGUAACUUGUAAUCCCUAGUUUUUUUCCGGAAGAGUUUAAAGAGUUCUCUUGUGAAAUAUUCUUGAGUAACUGUGGAGCACAGCUCCUAGACUGAAAAGCAUUUGAGGUAGGGUCAGCCACCUUCUUUUCUGAUGUUCCUGUUCUACUUCUAUUCUUUAUUUUUCUGGCUACUUCUCUCUAUUAGGAAAGAGAAUAUUAAGAGUAUCUGCUCCUUCUUUUCAAUCCAAAUAGAAGCAAACCCAAGUUAUAUUCCAAAUAUUUGCAUACAGGUCUUGCUCAACGGAGGAUGGGGUGACAUCCCAAUAAACUCACUGUAAAUUGAAAAUAUUGGAGGUCAAAAAAGCAUUUAUACACCUAACCUACCAAACAUCAUAGGUUAGGCUAUCCUACCUUGAACGUGCUCAGAACAUUUAUAUUAGACUACAGUGGGGCAAAAGCAUCUAACGCCAAGUAUAUUAGAUACUAAACUGGUGAAUAGCUCAUGUAGUUGAAUACUGUACUGAAAGCAAGAAAGAGAAUGGUUGUUAAGUGUAGCGGCUGCUUACCCUCAUGACUGCCCAGCUGACUGGGGACUGCAGCUCACCGCCACUGCCCAGCAUCACCAGAGAGUAUCGUAUGGCUUAUCACUAGCCUGGGAAAGGAUCCAAAUUCCAAAUCUGAAGUAUGGUUUCUACUGAGGGCAUAUUGCUUUCACACCAUCAUAAAAUAAAAAAAUCGUAAGUCAGGGACUGUCUGCAUUCUCUCUGAGCAGUUCGUUGUCCUGUUCUCGCCUAUGGUCUUUCCUGUUUCCUAUUUCCAGCAGACUCUGAAGUCAUCUGUGUUUUUUACAUCCUCUCAGUAACAAUACAUGGACAUUCACCCCCGAUCUGCAGAUGAAGUCACCGAAUCAGAGUGCAGGGAGGGUGGCCCAAGGUUACACAACGACCGUGGCCCCAAGCGGGGGCAGCCCUGGGGCUUGCAGCCUGUGGCCUGGUCCCUGAGCCGCGCAGCAUGCACAUAAAGGAAGCUGCAAGCACAGCGUUCUGGUGGGGAUGGUUCCUGAGCUCACGGGCAUUAUCUGGCUCCUCUGUUUCCUGCCAGGCCCAGCAUUUUCUUUCUCCAGGUCGGGCAGGCCUGUGGCUUUCUCUGCAGUCAGUCCCCUCCCCUGCCCUUUGAAGGCGGAAGAUGGAAGAUGUGCUUUAGAUGAGCUUCAAGGCUCUGUGUGAACCAGAAGAGUGGGUGUCGAUGGCAUGUGCGUGGUACCCAUCAGCAAAGCCAGGGCUGGUGGGCAACACUGUUUGGUUGUAAUUCAUGAAUUUAGACCAUGGAGGUGCAUUUUGCUUUUGGUUGGCCAAUGCUGCCUAGUGACUAUGUUCAAUUUGGAGGAAUUGGGGUGUUCUUUUGUUAUAAAAGAGAAACUAGGUACUGCGGAAGAGUAGUUCAACUUUCCCAAUCUUCCCCUCAUCACAUCAGUCCUAUCAGUGGGCUCUGGUUAUGAUUGGUAUAAAUGAUAGCUAAACAAUUCAAGCUGCUGAGGUUGGAGAAAUCUUGUUUUAGAUUUUCACAUGCUGUUCUGAACCUAAAUAAGUAGUGUGGGUUGUUGGCUUUGCAACAGGUUCUUUGUCAUUUUUCAGGAACUGUUUUGACUCUUGGAGGUCAAUGGGGAACAGGUGAAGAAAUAUAGGGAAAUAAGGUGGCACUUUACUCUCACAGAAGGAAGCACAUGGAAUAGCUACACGAGGCCAGUCACCUAACGCAACGACGGAUGCCGGUGUGGAAACAUUCUGACGUGCCCGUGUCCUCCUCCUACCGUGCAUUCCACUCUCCCACAAUCUCAGAAAAAAUGGUACGAAAAGAAAGUAUUUUGUGAAACAAGGAGCUCCUGCUUUUUUUAAUGAUGAACAUGUAUUAAGAUGGACAUCUGUUCUACACAAUACCAAGUUCUAUGGUCUCGAAGGGGCAAGCGCCCAUUUAAAACCGACCUUAAGUAAAAACAGAGCUGCAUGGAUGUCAGAAUGUUUGUGAGUGGCAGAAGAGUCAAAAAAUGGCAGUUCAUGCAGUUAUUUGCCACUUGUUUUAUACUAAGCCUCAUGUUUUUUUGGGGACCCAUCGAUAAUCACAUUGUGAGCCAUAUGAAGUCCUACUCUUACAGAUACCUCAUAAAUAGCUAUGACUUUGUGAACGAUAGCCUGUCUCUUAAGCAUAGUGCGGAUGGGGCUCCUCGCUACCAGUACUUGAUUAACCAUGAGGAGAAGUGUCAGGCACAAGACAUCCUCCUGUUACUGUUUGUAAAAACUGCUCCCGAAAACUACGAUCGACGUUCCGCAAUUAGAAAAACGUGGGGCAAUGAGAAGUAUGUUCAGUCUCAACUUAAUGCCAACAUCAGAACUCUGUUUGCUUUAGGAACACCUUCUAACCCACUGACAAGAGAAGAACUGCAAAGAAAACUGGUCUGGGAAGAUCAAAUGUACAGUGAUCUAAUCCAGCAAGACUUUGCUGAUUCUUUCUAUAAUCUUACUCUCAAAUUACUUCUGCAAUUCAGUUGGGCAAACAGCUUUUGUCCUCAUGCCAAAUUCCUUAUGACUGCUGAUGAUGACAUAUUUAUUCAUAUGCCAAAUCUUAUUGAGUACCUUCAAAGUUUAGGAAAAAUUGGUGUUCAGGACUUCUGGAUUGGUCGGGUUCAUCGUGGUGCUCCUCCUGUGAGAGACAAACGCAGCAAAUACUAUGUCCCCUAUGAAAUGUACCAGUGGCCGGCUUACCCUGACUAUACUGCUGGGGCUGCCUAUGUGAUCUCCAGCGACGUAGCCGCCAAAGUCCACGAGGCGUCACAGACACUUAAUUCUAGUCUUUACAUAGAUGAUGUGUUCAUGGGCCUCUGUGCCAAUAAAAUGGGGAUAGUGCCACAACACCAUGUGUUUUUCUCCGGGGAAGGCAAAACUCCUUAUCAUCCCUGCAUCUACGAUAAAAUGAUGACGUCUCAUGGACACGUACAAGACCUUCAGGACCUCUGGAGGGAUGCCACAGACCCUAAAGUCAGAAUGAUUUCGAAAGGGUUUUUUGGUCAAAUAUACUGCAGGAUAAUUAAGAUAGUUCUCCUUUGCAAAUUGACCUAUAUUGACACGUAUCCUUGUAGGGCCGCCUUUGUCUAACAGUACUUGAAUGUUGUAUGUUUUCACUGUCACUGAGCCAAACAUGGAUGGAGAAAACUCUAGAUAUUUGUCGAUACCUGAAGUAAAAUGAGUAUGAAAAAACAAAUAUUUUGAAAACCCAGUCUAUCAGAAUGUUUCUUUGAUUCUAGAAGCUAUUCAGUGUAACUUAACUACUUCAUCGCCUAAAUUCAUUUCAAGGAAUUCAUAUUUAGAAAAGGUUUAUGAAGACAAAACUAAAGGGAAAUUCAAGUUCUCACUCGAUGCCACAUGUAUAUUUGAGGCAUAGAGAAGUUAAUUAAGGUGCCUUGGUGUUAGAGUAACUGCCUUUGGAAAAUACCAAGUGAAUGUAUAGUACAACAUUUCAAAGAAAUGAAUAUAUUGUCGGACCAGGUUUACAAAUUAGUUUUUAUUAGAGAGCACUUGACUGGGGGAGGUGGGGGCAGGGGAGGAUUGGCAUAGGAGAAAGUACUUGAACCUGAUAAAAGAAGGUUCCUGUUCUUCAGAGGAGACUUAGAAAAAUGUAACACGAUUUCUUUAUAAAGAGCCAAAUCACUUAUUGUCACAUCCAUGUAGCUAAUUUACCUAAAUAGUGUUAGAGUCAUUUAAAACAUAUUUAUAUCUUUUUUUCAAAGUGUAAUGUGAAAUUUGAGCUGUGAUUCGCUCUGCCCUAACUGGUACUUCAUGUGAAUUUUUUGAUUAUUAGAUAUGACACAAAUCAUGGGCAGUGUGUUACUCACAGGGUCUUUCCCUAGGAAGAAAUCAUUGUUACUUGAAAUCAGCCAAUUUUAAUGAAUUUUUCAGCUGAUUUUUAAAUAUUCAAUAUUGGUCUGUUUUUAAGGUAGUUAUUUGAAUGUAGUUUGCACAGAGGAAUAGAAUAAUGGAGACGACUUCAAAAAGAAAGAAAGAACAUUAAAAGCCUCUUUUCUCCUUUUCUGUAAUUUAUAAAAUAAAAUUCUUAGUGUGUAAAUUAUUGUAACAAUGACUAAAAUUAGCCUACACCUCCCCAACAAGGUCUCAUAAACCAUAGUACUUUGUCAGGUUUUAAAACUGAGAGCAUUCAACAUCAAAUCAAAGCUAUCUUAUCUUUAAAAAAAUCAGUUCUUUCAUCAAAAUGACUAUCGGAGGUGUCAUCAACUUUGAAAUACUUCACAUUUGAAAGCAGAAUGAAGUGACAGAAAUGUCACCAGAAGGAGGUUUAAAAUAUUUGUGAAGCUUCCUGUUCAAAUGUGGCUGAGCUCUAAAAGAGUAAGUUGCAUUUAUCUUACAGGAAAGGAUAGAAAUGUGGUCAUGAUGCAACAACCUCCCCUCACUACAGAAAGAACUAGGUGAUGUCUAUUGUCGCAGGGAUUAUAUGAUGUCCAAAAUGGUGACUUCAGCAAAAGCAGUUGAACUGAUUAUAAAACCUCUCUCUCUGCAGAGGUGCCUGUUAGGGAAAACUAAGACGUCUCAUGUCAUUAGAUGAGGUCUGAAACAUGCAGAAGGAAACAAAACUAAAAGAAUUCUUGGUAAGCACAACUGGAGGAUGAUAUAUUGUAAUUUUCUGCAGAUAGCUUUUUAAUGUUUACAGAAAUUUUUGUUAAUUUCUUUUCUAUUUUGAAAAUUGAGGCUUGUUUACAUUGAUUGCUCAGAUAAUUUAGAAUUUUUAACUAAUGUCAAAACUACAGUGUCAGCCAUUCUAGGUUUGUAGUUUCAGAGUAGGUGCAGCGUUUAUAAGUCAUGACAGUUUAAAUUUUCUGACCAAUUUGAAAACCUGUAGAUAACAAAAUCACAUUUUGACAAAGCUGGUUUAUAAUUAAUUUUUAUUAGUUGAUUCUUUAAUAACCAUUUGCCUUUUGGCCAUACAUACCCUGCCUAUCUAUACUUGUAACUGUUAAAAUUUUCCAUUGGUUGAAAACAUAAGUGUCUCUCUGGCCAUUGAAAUGAUCUUGUUUACAGCAAUACUUUUGUGAAACAAUUAUUUAUUUGCAAAAGAGCUCUCCUCAACUGUGUUCAUCUUUUUAUUUUUGCUUCGAAUAGAAUGGAACAUAGUUAAAUUUAAAGGAAAUAUGAAGGCACUUCCUUUUUUAAUAAGAAGGAAAUUGCUAGAUGCUUCCUUCAUUGGAUUUAAAGUACUGAGAAGAAUAUUUGUAAAUAAAAGGAUUCCAGCCUUUUAAAAAAAGAAGGAAAAAACUUUUCGGUGCUCUAAUGCA